UUUUUUGUAAUUUGCAGCCAGGCCCAAAACUCAGUUUUCGAGUCAGAAAACGCGAAUACAUUUCAGAGUCUAUUUAACUGUCAGGGCUGCACUGGAGUCGUGCGUGAGAUAUACUUCUGAGAGCUGCCGCCCCAACGGCCGACGAGUGUCUCAUCAUUUACCUUGAGGGAGCGCUUGAAACAUGACAACGUUUUAUAUAUAUUAUAUGUGAACAAAACUUAAUAUAAAUACGUUAUUAGCAUAAAUCGUUCUAACAGUAAGUAACAAUGCGGCAAGCAACACGGAUCAACAUCAACAACAGCGGCUUCAGAGGCUGUAAGUGGUUAGUUUUGUUGUUGUUAGUAGCGCCACACUCCACAGCGGCCCAAUAUGCGUCAUCGGCCUAUAACGGUCAGUUUGCUGGCUAUAAUCAGCAACAGGCCCAGGCCCAGCAGCCUCUAUGGAGUGGCUAUCCGGACGCACCACUGACCUAUACUCGGACUUAUCCUGCUGCCGUGCAGUCCGUGUGGUCCAGUGCGCCAAUUGUUGUACAUGAUGGGGCGAACAGCCUGGAGCAGGAGCGUCAGCAACAGCAACGACGUUAUUUGCCCAAUCAUUUCGACAACAAUAGAGAUACAUAUGCCAAUGUGGAAUCGGAUAGGAGGAGCCGCAAUUGGUUUAACACCAACAGCAACAACAACAACAACAACAUUAACAACGUGCCGGCCACACGCGCUGCCAAUCACAAUUACAACAAUGACCACUUUUACUACACACAACCGCUGCUCCAACCAGAACUGGAGCAACGUGAGCUGCUCGCCGUGGCUGAUUCCCGACGCGGGGAGGACCAAAUCGUUCAAAUCGGCGGCAGUCGUUCUCUGGCCAACAACAACUACGGAUACUUUGAGCCAGCUCAGCCACUUGGACCACGCGACUUUAAGACGAAAUAUGAGAAACAUUAUUCGGACUACUUGCGCAAAUAUCCGCAAAGAUUGUUGCCAUUUUAUAGCACAUUUGUUGACAAGUGAUCCGCAUUUGGGUCAACAAAUCGAAAUAAAUUCCUGACUUUGUGCAAAACUGUGUCAACUGAAUACAUACCAAAUGUGCCAAAAA